AUCAAAGGUCAAAGGUGAAAUCAGUGAGCUGGUACUUUAAAAUCAAAAACCCCUAGUUUCAGACACUCUGAUCCUUUUUUAUUCAACAAUGGAGGAAUUAUUGAAGAACAACAUGUUCGCAACACACGCCAUUGCUGCUGCAGGAUCAGUGACGUUAGGCACUGCUGUCACUCAUCCAUUUGACACUCUCAAAACAAUACUCCAGGUUGGUACAGAUCCUAGUAAGAAACUGGCGGUUGCUCAAGUUCUGCAUAGAGUUCGUUCUUUAUCUGGAAAUUUAGGGUUGUAUAGCGGAUUUGGCUGGUCAACAUUGGGGCAAAUCUCGGGGUUGGGAGCUCGUUUUGGUGUCUAUGAACUUUUGACAGCUUAUUAUAAAGAUGGAAGAGAAGAGAACUAUGUAUAUGUUUCUGAGGCUUUCUUGGCAGGCAUUAUGGCUGGUGCCUUUGAAGCUAUUACAAGCACCCCAUUUGAACUUCUCAAAAUACGUGCUCAAGUGGCUUCUGCCACUCCCCUACCUACCUCAACCUCUAUUACGGCAAAACAAACAGCAGCACCUGUGAUUGAGAGAUUAUUGCUUGGAUAUACUCCUGAUAAGAAGGCAUGGGACCUCACGCUUGGCCUUUUGUCCACCUUAUCUUCGAAGAACCCUAAUAUGGUCGGUGCCCUUAAAGAGUACCCAUGGAUGAUGACUGGAUCAAGGAAGCCACCUCUUGCUUAUGAAGUUAGAAGGCCUAGGGAUGUCAUCUCUUUGGAAGGGUUGGGUGCAAUGUGGAGAGGUCUACGAGCAGGAAUAGCUCGUGAUAGCAUUUUUGGUGGAGUUUUCUUUUCAACAUGGCAAUUCCUACAUAUAGCAAUGCUUGACUGGAAAGCCAUAGGGAUGAAUCCACCCCCCAGGACCAUCGAAGAAAUUGGUCAUGUGUCCCCUUUGGCUGCUAGCCUCGCAGCUGGAAUUUCGGGUUCAGUGGCUGCUGCUAGUUCUCAUUGUUUUGACACAGCAAAAAGUCAAUCACAAUGUACAGUGCUCCCAAAGUAUAUCUCCAUGGAAAGUAAAGUUAUGAGAUGGAAAAAGCAGGGAUAUUGGUUUGAAAAAGUUUCAGGGAUCCAUCCCUCUUAUAGGAACAUCCUGUUCCGUGGGAUUGGGCUAAGGAUGGCAAGAAGUGGUUUGACAUCUUUUGCAAUUGUAGGUAGUUACUUCUUGGCUAUUGAUUAUCUCGCCCCAAGGUGAAUGAGUUGUUGGACCUGGUUUCUUACUUGGGGAAUUGAUUUUUUUUAUCAGUUUGUUAUACAUCAAAUACGUUCGAGUCCACACCGCCAAUUUUGUAUGUCCACUUUUACAUUGAAAAUGCACGGUUCUGAAUUGUACACACCCAUUAGAGAAAACAAAAAUGAAUUAUUUGAGUCGAGUAAUCUGUUUACCCCAUUGCUGAACAGGAUGGAACUCUGCACCUAUCAUUGAUCAUUGUUGUUUCAUAUAUCACGUAUGAGACGUGUUAAAAAAAAAUACAUGUUUGGGAAGGAGGGAGGGAAGGAGGGAAAUGGAUUGGUUUUUUAAGCAUGUGAUUAUGGUAACUGGUUUUGGUAUUGGUAUUGGUAUUGAAUGCUGUAAAUUUGAACUGUCAUCCUUGAGAUGAUUUUUUUGUCCCGAGUCUGUUUAAUCUGUAUGUACUACUGUACUUGCUGUCAUCGCAAUUACACCAGCAUGUGUGGCUCACAAAAGACGAUCUGAAGGUUGAAGGUUGUUUGCACUUUUUUGAGCUGAUGUGUAUUAAAUUUACUACUCUGUUAGUCUGCACCUCAAUGCAUUAUAAGGCUGAGUAAAAACAAUUUUCGUCUGG